AUGACAAUGACGAUGGUGAUGAUGAUGAUGAUGAUGAUCACAGUAACAAUGACCUUGGAUGGACCAAAACAAACAAACGACAAAAAGCCUUGGUAAGUGUGUGCUUUAAUGAUGUUACGUAGUAUGGGGAAGUAGAUCCCGUAGCUUUUAGUUCACUAUAGAACACAGGAAAAUUGUAGCAAGGAAAUGUUUCGAAAGUAACAAACUUUCGAAGCAGUGGUAAGUUUCAAGUUUAAGUUUCGAGUUUAGUUCAGUAUUUUAAAGGAAAAUUUACAAAACUGUUCCAUCCGCAAAUCAUCAGGGCUAAUCUAUGUGGGUAGAGCAAAACAACAACAGUUGACUCCCGAUAACUCGAACCUUUUUCGAUUUCCCCAGGAGGUUCGAGUUAUCGGGAUUCAACUGAAGUUUUGAUACACUGAAAGUUAUACCUUUCAACCACACUUGAUUCAUUAGACAAAACAUAUUUCGGAUGAAACAUCAUAUCCCUGCGUGACGUCAGUCCAGCUACAUGUAUACGUGUUGUGUAUAAAUGAUCAAUAAACACGAUCAUAACGGGCGAUAAAAAUAGCAAUGGUUAAUGACCAAAUAGUGAUGGUUUGAACAGUUUUUUAAAGGAAAUUUAAAGAAAUCUAAUUUUCUCUUAAAUGUGAACUUUUAUCGAAAUAUUCUAUUUAAAAUAUGUCAUCCUAUUUUUGUAAGAAAUUAAGUUGUAUUCUUCUUCUUUUUUCCUGUAUCCUAGUUUACGCUGUAGUUUAUUUUGUAAAAUCGUGUCUUCUUUUCCUUAAUGUUAUGUCUACUUAAACUAAUCGAGAGGGAGCCUGGACCCCAUAUAAGCCCCAGGCUUCCAGUUCAGGCUUCCCCGUCAAUAUUUUUCUUCUGUAUUUGUCAGUAUAUGUAACCUGUAAAGUGACAAAAACAAAUCAAUCAUUAGUAGUUCGAUCAGAAAUGAUGACCGCCAAUACUAACAGGUGUAAAUAUGAAAACGAAUUUCGCCGUGUAGACUUAAUACUCUACUUGCAAUACAAAACGAUCCUACUUCUUGAGGAGGAGGGAGCGGGGAGGGGAGAGAAGACCAGCUGCAUAUUAAAGAAGAAAUAUUCUUUAAUCUUUAAUCUUUAAUCACAGUUCGUAACCAUACAUAACUGAUACAAAUGAACUAAUACUAACAUAUACAAUCGAACAAAAAUACAAAAAUGGUUAACAGGACGGUAGUAGGGGGAAACCAAAUUCCCAUGCUAAAACAUACCUUCCAAAAAAGAAAAAAGAAAAAAAAGAAAAAAUAAUUAAUUAAUAUAUAAACAUAUAUUAAAAGACUAUAAAUUAGACUAUAAAUUAUAAACCUAGAUGCCUAAUAAUAAUGCAUAAACUUAUAUUAAAGACACUAUGCCUAAUAUUUUAAGGUAAAUUAUGAGCGAAGGUACUUAAUCAGUGAAACUUUAAAAGACUGAAGGCUAGGAGAUGACAUUACUUCAGAAGGCAAAGAGUUCCAAUCAAUAUUACUAGGAUCGCUGGUGUUGAUGAGCAUAAGAAGUUAAAGGCAAAUGCCAAUCAAGUUUAAUAAACACAGACAAAACGAAAUAUAAGUACGUCACAUUAAUAGACACGAGUGUUUUACUGGAAAAUAUACCACUCGUAAAAUUCAUAAAAAACUACAUCCGGGACCCGGUUUAUUUUCCGUAAUCUCACACGUGAGUUUAUCGAUGACGUAAUUUUGGUAAUUUCCCUCUAUUAUUUUAUCGAUGUCAUUUUGUCUAUAUAAUAAAAAAAACAUUACACGGCGGCUUGAAGAUAUGAAUUUUAUUUUCGAGUGGCAAAGACAAUAUUUUACUCACCCGCUGCGCUCGUUCGUAAAAUAUUGUUUUGCCACUCGAAAUUAAAAUUCAUAUCUUCGCGCCAUCGUGUAAUAUCCUCCAUAUACAGCUGUUUCGAGAAAGGUUGUCGGAAAAAGUGCACGCGACAAUCCCGAAAGGCGUUGUGGGUGGUUUUUAGUUCACUGUUUUUCAAAGAAAUUUAAAAGAAUGGCUCGAGAGGCCAUGGACGUAUGUUUGCGAGGGCUAAAGGAAACAACAAAAGUAGGUUCGACAGCUACAGUGUCAAGAACAAGUGUAUUGAUCAUAUCCCAUAUUUCCUUUCGGGAUUGUCGCGUGCACAGUUUUUGCGACAACCUUUCUCGAAAUAGCUGUAUAUAAUAUGCGUCACGAUAAUGUCCCUAUAUUACUGGUGACGUUUACAUGUUAAACUGUAGCAAUUGAAUUGUGAACGUUUACUAAAACAAGGUGCAUAGAAGAAAUUGGUCAAAGUGUAUUCUUAUAGCCGCAGGACGCAUUAAACAUUUUAAAAGUAAUUGGUAGACUUAGGCUGAGCUAAUGGACACACACUGUGUCGCUGAAUAACGAUUUUUCUUUGUUGUUCAAUUUCUUAAAAACAGCCGAGGCACAUAUAAUUGAUAUGACUUUUUAAAUGAUCCUGUUUGUACACCAGCGGAUGUAAAUUUCACAAGCCAUUGAAGAGUCCUUUUGUCUUCGCUUACAGUCUAUAGUAAGCAGGUUUUCGUGAUGCUGCUUUCAAAGUACUGCGUGAAUUUACUCAAGCGGCCUUUUGUGGUUGUAACAGCGCUUAUCGCUUGUGUUUCUUGUUGGUAAGUUAUUGUUAAUACCUGCCUUAAGGCUUUAAAGUCCAGGGUCGAGGACAACAAUUUUUAUUUGAUUUCCUUGUUUUCUUUUAACAUUCUUCCUUCCCAACAAAAGGGUCGACUAGAUAUAAUAGGGACCUUACGAUCCCACAACGGCGACGUCAAUGAAAACGUCGCUGAAGAAUAGACUUCACAUCCUUUUAAACUUUUUCGCGAUUAUCCCAAUUCGCCCUGUUACUUAAAAGAAAGGAAUUUUGGUUGGAGCUGAAGAGAGGGGACCGCGCCCGAAUUAGGACAGAGAUGGUAGAAUUUCUCGCCUUGCCGUUCCCGUUCUCAAGUAAACUUAAAAUUUGGUCAUUUCACGUCGUAGGUGUACAGGAACAGCAAACUGGAAAUGUACAAAAAAGCGUGAUGCACCUGCAGAGUUGUUUUUUUGAAGUUCUCCUUGCCGUCGCCGUCCUUGUUUCGUAAGGUCCCUAAUGUCUCGGCUUCGCCUCGAGUUUUUAAACCUGAUAAUAAACUCCUACAGUGCGUGAAUUCUCCAUUCAGUCAUCACUGUAACGCACCGCAGGGCAAAUAUUUGUUCACUUAGUAAGUCUUGAUCUUGUGCCAUCCCCAGACGACUUGAUAUACAGCAAAUAAACCAACAGGUUAAGUUAACAUUUUGCGGACAUAAAUUACCGUGACUAGUUCCUCUAGCCCCCCUGAGAUGACCUGCGGUUUUCUAAUACAAUUGGUAUUCUGCCAAAAAAAACAAAAAACUAUGUGGUUUCUUGGUGUUGAAGUAGAGCUGAUCCAGAGACGAGUGCACCCCCUCCUAAAAAAAAUCCUGGAUCCGCCCCUGAAUUAUAACAAUAAAUAAAUGAAAAGUAAGACAGAAACUAGAAAUACAUGUCGGUCAGUCGCUUUGUAUUCUGUUCUGUCAUUGAUAGGCAUAUUAACCGUAUGCUUUACUUCUUAAAGAAGUUGUCGAGAGGCAAUCGGUUUUAAAAAGUGUACUUUUUUUAUGAGAAGAAAGAUCAACUAUCAGACAUACUAGCUAAUUCAAACCUUUAUCUUCUUCUAAGUGUAAGGUGACGAGGGCGCGAGAGUGGUUGUAGUCUAACUGGUUGGUAUUGGCUUUUUAUAAACUUUGAGAAGGUCGCAGUAGAUUGCUGCCGGUUGUUAAAUGUAGAGGAAAGUAAAAUCGCUGUGGGACGUAACGUUUCUAAGGAACCCGUGACGCAAAUUAAAUGGCUGUUAUCUUGGGUUACUUAGAACCCCACUAAGGUAAUUUGCUUUGUUAAUAUAUGCCUGCAAAGAGCUCUACAUGACGUCUUAACAAUAACACCGCGGCGAAACGUGCCGUGGAAACGCAAAAAAUUGAACGUCCGGUCAAUUUUGUAUUUCCCUUUCGGCAUACAUACCUAUUUAGACCAAUCAUAAAGUAAGAACGUGUUAGGAAAUAAAACUAUUUUCUUCGAAAAUUAAUAUAUCUGUCUACCUUCAGGCUUUUGCGCCAAGUAGUUUACUGCUUGCAUCUAGGCUGAAAAUAAUAAUUAGCGAUAUUCUAUUGCUCUGCGCUAGACAAGAGUGAUAACCGCACCUGAAGGGAGGCAGCGUGGCCGAGUGGUCAGCGCGUCGGACUCGCAAUCCGGGGGUCCCGGGUUCGAGUCCCGCUCUGGCCACUUGCUGGAUUUGUGCUCGGUCGUCCCGAGUUCAAAUUCUCGGCCACGCUUGUAAAUAGCCAACUGGUUUGCCUUCUGCCAGCUGGGGUUUUUAAUCCUGUUAUGUUGUAUUUGAAUUAUUUGUUUCUAAUAUUUGAGUGGAGUGCCUGUAAAUUAGCUGACUAGCUAAGUGCACCUUCCACUAUAAACAUGCCUUAUUUAUUUAUUUAUUUUUUAAAAACCUAUGACGGCAUUUUUCAUGGCUGCCACCUUGGCUGCCAUCUUGGAUCAUGGUCCGUUUUUCUCAGAAGAGGCUUUUAUGUCAUUAAUACGCCAUUGACAUGUGAGCUCGGCAUGAAAUAACUGGUAUGUAAGCUUGCUUAGGCCCUCCAACAGCAAGAAACUUAAAUUAAUACUUGAAUUUAAUUUUAUUCACAAUCACAUUUUUUCAAAAGUCGUUUACGCAUUUCACGUGACCUCGAGCAUGAAUCAAGGUUAUUUUCUACUGUUCGGACUAUUAGGUCGUACAAAGAUGACACACUAUCUAUAUCUAUGAAAUGAAUACUUGUUUUCUCUCGAUAGCACAACAGAAAAUCCAAGGAGGAAUACAACUCUAGAAAUUCUGUUCUCUAACUACGACAAAGACGUUAGACCAAAUCAAGGAGGUAGCUAUAUUCGUUUUGUUCAUCAAGAUUAUAGGAGAUUGAAUGUUCUUCUUCAAUCAUUCUACAUGUUUCCCUGUAACAUAAUUGCCACUCAAAAUAUUUUGCUUGUUGCAUAUUAAAUGUUAACAGGCCUAUGCAAUAUGAAGCGGGAGUUAAGUGAUUAUUUCAACCGCCAAUUGUACGAAGUUGCCGUAGGUGGGAAAACUCACGAGAAGAGGUAGAAAAAGGUACUCUACGAAAAAUUUCUAAUGGCCGCCCAAUGGCGAGGCCGGAAACCCUAGGGAAAACGUGCGGCUUAUAGGCAAUAAGGCUUCCGUAAAUAAUAUUUAACGAAUUAUCAAAUUAAAUAUAUUUACUCACGGACAUUGCAUCACUUAUCUAGACUAAAAAGAGGUACUUCUUUCGGAGUGCAGCUUCAGUGGGUGGGCCAUUAUAAGCAGCGCCAUAGAGUUCUAAAGUGAUGACGUCAUAUAACUUAAAUUUGGGAAAUUACGGGAUUUGUCAGGAUUUUCUGAAAGGAAAACAUCCAAGAGGCCUACUUGCCAAAAUCAAGCAUUGUGAGGCAAGUUAGCCCAGUAAUGCUCUGAUGACUCCAUACAAUCCUUCUAAAGUUGACUUGGGUCUAAACGUUUGGCAAAUAGGACUCUUGGAUGUUGUCCUUUUAGAAUAUCCUGACAAAUCCCAUAAUUUCACAAAUUUAAUUUUCAUGACGUCAUCACUUUUGAACUCUAUUGUGGUGGAUCUGUGAGCCGUGGCCGGGCCGGGGCUAAUUGGUCACGUGUUCCUAAUUUAUUCAUAUGCCAAGCUGAAGAUCUACAUAAGUUUGACGGCUGCCACUGUACCUCUAUACCCCAGAGGGUCUACCUAAUCAUGAACAUGUUUGUGUUCCAGUUGGCCCACUCACAGUAGAACUUGAUCUGUACGUUGAAUCAUUUGCUAACAUUGCUGAAGCCAACAUGGUAAGUCACAUGAUAUCAAUUUUUGGAUAUGAAUUCACUUUACUGGUGAUGUAAGCCUCGCCAUGUAUGUUUAUAUACAGCUCGUUUUUGUACGGUAAAUCACUUAAGUUUAGCAUCCAAGGUCUGUGAUAAGAUAGUAAGAGUGCAUGAUUCUUCAAAGAGCACGAAAUUUGGAAUCUAGUUUUAAUCGAUUCAGUUCGUGCUGUGAAACAUGGAUAGUGCUGUUUCCGUACAAUAAUAAUAAUGGUAAUAAUAAUAAUAAAAAUAAAACAAAAAUAAUAAUGACAAAGACAAUGACGGUUAUAACGGUAACGAUAAUGAUAUUGAUGGUCAGCAGCAUCAUCAUGUUCAGUAUAAUUAUUCUCUAUAGCAGUCCAUUUUCAUUCUUGUCUGUCUCUUCGUUUUAACAGGAGUACACAGUGUUUGGCUACAUUCGCCAUUACUGGACUGACAAGCGAUUUGCUAGCAAAUUCAAUGAGACUUUUCGUCUUAAAGGUUCGACAAUUGAGUGUGCGUGGAUCCCUGACACCUACGUCACUAACAUGAGAGAAUCAAAUCUUAUGGCCGAGAACUCUGAUGUAGGGAGUUUAUUCAAGAUACAUCCGAAUGGAACGAUUUUUUAUUCGAGAAGGUUGGUUUUAAUUCCUUUGUAGAUUAGUGGGGUGAGUGCCAUAUAGGGUUUCUUAAGCCACUAUUUGCCGAUAUUGAAAAGAAGAAUUGUUUUCAUACUGACGCAAGAAGUGAUCUCGACAAUCGAAAUAACGUCCGAGCAACGAGUGAAAUGAUCCAUACUGAUGACAGAUCCGGACAGUGCUUCUGACUAGUUCAGGCAAAUUUUCAAGAAUGAAAGCACGUUUACUUUUUACUUCCCAAACCAUUUUUUAUAAAUCAUUUUUGUAAAUUUAUAAAUAAAUAAGUGGUGGUCAACAGGUGGGCAUUUGCGAGAGCUCACUCCAGGUUUUCUGUUAAGUUUAGUAUUCGAGAUAGUUUUAACAGCAAAAUUAUGAAAUAAUAAUAAUUUGGAGGUAGUUCUUCAUCUACCUGAUGCCUGGUCGAAUUGGAAUUUGGAAAUUUUGGUUUUUGAGGAGAGGGGAAAACCGAGGUACCCGGAAAAAAACCUUUCCGAGCAAAGGAGAGAACCAACAACGAACUCAACCCACAUAUGGCGCGACCGCCAGGAUUUGAACCCGGGCCACAUUGGUGGGAGGCGAGCGCUCUCAAUACUGCACCAUGCCUUGUUCACUGCAAAAGGCCAAACCACCACCCAAAAUUGGAAAGGGCUGUAUAGGAGAAGGUAGGAAUGGGGGGGGAUGGGUCGAUUACCAGCCACUGUUCGGGAAUUGAGCCCUCGCUCCGAGCCGAGGAUGCCUGGGGGUUGCUGUGUUAGUCUAGAUGACCUUGAACGAACUUGUUUCCGUGUAUUUCAGCUACAAGAUCGUUGCCGCUUGCGACAUGAAAUUGGAGAACUUUCCAAUGGACACUCAAAAAUGCAGUCUGAAUUUAAGCAGUUGUAAGUAGGAGUUGUAAGUCUAACUUAGACCGCAGUUUACGAAAACCAGUAAACAUCCGAAAUUAUCUAUAAGUGGCUUAUUUUGAAAUAAAUUUUUUGUAGAUAUUUUGUGUAUGCCUGGCGUAGUGUACAACAGACAAUAAAUGUCUAGGUUUGUUCGUUCGUGUGUUGGAAUUUAAUUUAAAAUAUUUUAAGUAUCCUUGAUUUUAAUGAAAAAAUAUUUCUUCAAGAGACGAUUUUGGCAUUAGUUGGAUGUUUGUAGGGUGGCUGUUUUAAAAACAAGUAGUCUUGGAAAAAUUGUACGCAUUUUGUCGUGGCUGCCCUCUUAUCCACUGGUGGUAUUUUGCCAAUCCGCCUUCCGCCAAUGUAGGGCCACAUGACACAAUUGAACUAUGUGAAAUUAAUGGGUACCCACCAAGAGUAUUCAUACAGCAGUGUAUUGGGAAUUUACUUUUCUUUAGAUGGUUAUAACGAAGACAACGUGAUUUACAAAUGGAAAGAUGACCCGGUGAAAGUGGAAAAGAAGAGCAUGGCUCAAUUUGACAUGAAAGAGGUGGAACCGAACUCAACCACUAUACGUUACAUCAGCGGUUAGUGAUAAAUGUACCAAAUGGUCCUAUUCCAUAACUUUAGCCUGCUGCCCGCUUAGCUCAGUUGUUAGAACAACCGUCUGCCGAUCGGGAGGUUGUGGGUUCAAACCACGGCCGGACCAACAACCAGGGGUCAAUUUAAUAAAACGUUUACACGUGCAAUUUACAGGUGUAGCUAUUGUUCUCAGACUCUAAAACAAUGGCUACACUUGUAAAUUACACGUGUAAAAGUUUUACUAAAUUGAUCCCAGGGUAUUAAAAAAACCGGGCUAUUUAAAAAAACUGGUGAGAUCAAGCUGGCUGUGAUUUGAGAUGAUGGCGUCAUUGGGCGAUGACAUUAAGCUGUUGGACUUCUCUCCUUCAUCCUUCUUUCAUUAGUCAAAUCGAAGACGACGUAAAAGAACCCACACUAUGUGGUCUAACUUUCAAGCAUCACGCAUCGUUCAUAUCAUGGGCUAUGGGUGGGUUACAGUAAGCUCAUAAAUGAACUAUAAAUCCCUGUCUGUCCGUUUGCACGCAGCCUAAAGGGUCUCCUUUAUUUCACUAAGUGUCAAGUGUUCCUCAAAUCCAUAGGGAACUACAGCCUACUUACCAUCAGCUUUCACUUUAAACGACGCCUUGGUUAUUACUUCAUCCAAGUGUUUUUCCCAGGCACCCUUGUGGUUGUGAUGAGUUGGACAGUGUUCUGGUUGGACCCAAGAGACAUGAGUGAUAGAGUUGGCCUGGGUAUCACAACCGUACUGACUAUCAUGUUUCUGUUGGGCUCUGUAAACACGUCGCAACCUCGUGUUAGUUAUCUCAAGGCCAUUGACUGGUACCUGCUCGGGUCUUUUCUGUUUGUCUUCCUCGUUUUGGUGGAGUGCAUCCUGGUGUACAUUUUGCGUCCAAGAAAUCGAGAUUCCAAGAACAGCGCGCAACGGAAAGACCUGGAUUUGGAAAUGGGCACCAAAAAUGAUCUUCAGGUGGGCAUAACGAAUUGUUGUUGAAAUUAAAUUGAAUGAUGGCCUUGCAGCUGCUAUUUACAGACAAACUGGGAAGCCCCUUCAUUAACCCUUUAAACCCUAAGAUCAAAAUUAAAAUUCUCAUUUGUUGCCCCUAUUCAUUUCCUACAGAAGUAGUGGGGAGAAGUUGAUAAAAUAUCAAGCAAAUAGGCCUAUUUGCACUGAGUGAUCGUGUGGCAUCAGGGUUCUAUCUAGGAUUUAUCUUUUGGGGGAGAGGUUCCGAUUGACCGAAGGCAACAAGCUUCCUAGGGAGGUCCAGGGACAAGCACCCCCGGGAAUUUUUUGAAAUGAAUAUGCACUGAGAUGCAAUCUGGUGCAUUUUGAGACACAAUUUUGAAAAAUGUUACACUGUUUGCAAUGACCUUGUCUUGUCUGAAUGAUUUUUCCAAUAUAGUUACCUAUAUACCGUAGUGAUAACAAUAUUUUUUGGGGGGAAGCUGCGCAUCUUUGGGGGGAAGCUUCUACCCCUCAAAUACCUUGGAUAGAACCCUGGACAUCGUUUGUAUGAAAAUGAAAGUUAUAUGAUUUCGCCUUCGAAAAUGGAUUUGUGGGUCAUAUCUUAAACAAAGUAUUAGUGAUUUGGCUUUUCAAACCUGCACCAUUUUCUUAAAAUGAGUAGGUUCGUAAAUGGUCACGUGACCAAAAUUCAAACGUUUAACAAGACAUAAGCAAAAAGUAGUGUUGGCCGCCAUGUUGGAGGCCAAUACAAAUCAUACUACUUUGUUGAAAAAUCAAAGUGCCAAUAAAAUAUCUCCCUUAAAUGCGUUUCCUCUCAAAUUUCAGGUGGAAGAUAAUUUUUACUUGCUCUGUAAAUUUUUGGCAUCAGCAAGAUUCUAACUCAUUGUUUAAAGGAAGCAUUGGUCACGUGACCUCUUAGUGCAAGUGGCCUAUUCAUCUUGUGUGAUCAUGUCCGUAAUUCCCUAGACAACUCUCUUUUACAAAGCAUUGAUAUUAGUAUAGGUAAUAGCAUGAUUUGCAGUGGUAUUUUGCAUAAAUACCACGAGUGAUAUUUCAAAAUUGUUAUACGUAAUUUCACGAGCCGUUAGGCGAGUGAAAUUUGAGACAAUUUUGAAAUAUCACGAGUGGUAUUUAUGCCAAAUAUAAUGUUCAAAUCAUGCUAUUAAUUGUUUAUACUACUACCCUUAAAAGGUUUGUAAUUUUCACAUGUAUGUAUUUCAAAUUAAGCUGAAAUACCACUGCUCUAAGCCAAUCAAAUUGCAGAAAUUUCUCAUAUGGUAGUAUAACAAGGAGAAAUUUGAUGCCGAUCACUCUUAGGGCUUAAAGGGUUAAGCGCUAUCAAUAAUACAAAAACAACUGAGCUAAAAGCAGGAAAAAAGCUCAACUAGUCUCAAAUCUAAAGGGUUCUUUCACUCACCAAUAUUCAUAAGAAAAUUAAACAAAAGAGUGCCGCAACAACACCCUAAUGGGCAAUAAUUCAGUAAAAUUGCUAGCGUGCUUAGCAACGCGAUGUCUAGACCGAGCUUAUUUCUUUGGCUUCUUGAGACUAGGGGUGGGCUUCGGACCCUCCCCCCUCCCCACCCUACCCCAAGAUAAAAGGGAUCAUUUUACCUUUCUGGGAAACUGCUCACCUACCCCUCCCCUAAGCCAACAUUUUGCCUUAAGUAGAAGUAAGUAUUAAUGUUGGAUCAAUUUAGCUUUCUAGGAAACUGCUCCCCUACCCCUCUCCUAAGCCAACUUUUUGCCCUAAGUGAGAAGUAAGUGAUAAUGAUGGCUUAAGGGAGGGGUAGGUGGGCAGUUGAUUGUUUGAAAGGUCAUAAAGUCCACGCGCGACUGCUUCCAAGCAAGCAAUGCAGAAUAUUGUAAUGGCGACUAUUCUAUUCUCUCUUGACAACACUAAAUAGAAUUUUGCGGACCUCUCCGGAAAUCAACUUCGUUUGAUUGGUCUAAAAAUAACUUUGGUGAAACUCGUAUACCCUUAGGGCUAGUCUGGGCGUUUCCAUCUCUGUCCCAUAAUUUUUUUUUUUCAUAAAGGGUUAAAAGAACUGGCCAGUAUAAAUAGGGUUAACGUUAAAAGAUCAACAUUAGAAAGGAGAGGACGGCAAAACGGUCGUGUGUGACAAACGGGAUAGGGCUAUUACUUACGUGUUUUGUCGAGAUCCCCACUUAACAUUAACGUUUUCUGGUCUUUAAAGAAAAGAUCUGUUUAAAGGAAAGUGAAGUUUGGCGAAAAGUUAUUUCAAACAAAAUUAUCGUCACGCUUGUCACACAAGUUUUGCCCUCUUCUUCCCUCUUCCGUCCUGUUCACUAUUAAUUAUGAAUUUCAGGAUGCGCCAAGAGUGGAAAACAUCGCUCUGAAACAACGCAAGAGUACUAGCUCAAGUAAUGGCGAACCAUCUCAGAUCGAUGCAGAGGAUGAGAUGAUUGAAGAGUCUCCUACGCAUGCUCAGAAGGGUUUUAGACGAUGCCCCCCAUGUACAUAUGGAAAACUCGUUGAUUACAUUUGUCGGUUCUUGUUUCCAUUUUGUUUUACUUUGUUUAACGUGUUUUAUUGGCGUCAUUAUUUGUCCAAUUGACUCCAAAAACUAGAAAACCUUUUCUCGGGUCGCAAUGUUAAGGUCAAAGUAUGAUGUCACGAUGUGGGGUUGGGGGGACGGGGAGACUGUGUUAACUGGCCAGCUAUUUUGCUAUUUUUCAGUUAGAUACUUGAUAGAUAGUUUAAGGUAGGCAAUUUUUAAAAAUCGUAUGAGGAACGUUGCAAUAUUUCCAAAAAAUGAAUCUAAAUGUAAACAAAAGAAAAGGUGUGAAAAAAAAAAAGACUUAAGAUAAUGUUGAAAAUAUAAAUAAAUUUUUGAUACACGUACAUUGUAUUAUAAAAAGUUUAAGUCCUAGACUUAGACUGACGAUGCUUGGAAGCUAAUUAGAUCUUAUUGUACGACGAACACACCUUUAAUUGCAAUAAAUUUAGCAUAAAGAGACAAAAACGAAUACGUGUGCAAGUGGUGUGUGUGUACUUGUGGGUGAGGGGUGGGAAGGGUGGUGUGGGUGUUCAGAUCCGUUUGCCUAUUGGUUUUGUACUUGGAAACAUUUCUGGAAAGAGAUGUUAUAUUAAGGCUUCUUUCUUCAAGUCUGACACUUUAAAGUCAAGUGAUUAUUUGCGUUUUUCAUGAAGAAAUUUGUUGACAUUGAAUAUUCAGAUCUACCAAGAAAUUAAAAGAACUUCUUCUGAGACCAUGGCAUUUAUAUCAAAGCUCAUUUAUUUUCUUAAGUACUAUAUUUACUUAACGAAUCUGCAUCCCGGCCCUAAACUCGUUAACGACCAGAUCUGAUUAAAUUUAAUAAUGUUAUUGAGCUGAAAAUUAAACUUUGAAUGUUCUGUGGGUCGGUAGGUAAUCCUUUAAAGUUUGUUAAUAUUUUAGUAUGUGUGGAUUUUAAGAUUGAGUUUUUCAUGCAUGUCCAUCAAGGAUCCUGAUCAGGGGCCUGGUGACUGACUGUUAAGGUUUCCACCGAAUAAAAUUAUUUCGUCUUUGAUUGUUGAUUUUUACGUCUUCCUAAAAAGAUUUUAACGAUAUAUGGUUUUCGUUAUGUAAAGUAGCGAUAUAAUGUGUAUAAAUUGUAAUGCAAAGCAGUUGCUAUAGCUAGAGACAAUCAUUUUCGUUUUGCCCUAAAACAGAUUAAUAAUUUAAUGCCUGCAUAAAAGGUGUUUGAUGUGUAAACCGAGAAAAAAAGAGGAUUUGUUUCACCGAUUUUCAUAAAUUUUAACCGUUUGGAGAGUUCUUUAAUUUAAGGUAAGGAAUUAAAUUCACUCUUUUGGUCAUUAAUUGAAAGGUCACACCAUAGAAAUGUUGCAAAACUAGAAAUAAUUAUGAUUGACAAUAAAUGACUGAUGACUUGAAAGUACCAAAAUGGCCAGCCAGGCUGGCUGGCACUAGUUAUUUUAAUUCUUGUUUUGUGAUAUUCAUCUGGCAACUGUUUGAGAAACCCCUUUAAUAAAAGGAGGAAAAUAUGUCGAUCUACAUGCAGUGGAAAGGAAAUGAGGUGAGAAACCUAACUUUCUUUUAUCGGAAUUUAUGAUAAAAAGUUUCCAGUGAACCUUUCAGUGGUAAAGUAAUGUAGUGUAACUGACUUCAUUUCGUCACUCGUUGCUUUUGUUUUCGUUUUUUUUUUACGUAAGAAAAAAAGGAUAUAAACCUACGGGGGCUUUUAUUUGGGAAAAAAACACCCUCGGACCACCAACAAUAGAAAUUACAAACAUGCACGAAAACACCUCAUUAGGGUCAUUUUGGUAGUAUGGUUUUUUAUUUGGGCUAAGCCCUCUUUUUUAUUAUUUAUCUUUUUUUAUUAUUUUUUAUUCCAGGGCAAUAAGUUGUGUCUUUGUCAAAGACUUGAUUAGCAGGUGAGGUAUUGUUGAGAGUGUUAAACGUUAGUUAAAUUGUAGGGAAUUUUAUCCUCAGACAUCCAGGAGAAGCUUAUUGUAAGGAGCUCUUCACGAGUGAUAUUACUGCAGGUAAGUAUACACGAGGAACUGGAGAGGCGGGCAUUCAAUCUUACCAAUCCAGUACCAGAAGCAUUUGAAUGUCCUGCUUCUGAUUGGCCAAAAAAUAUUAGUUUAGUUAAGCAAUAGACUACACUCUCCAUGGGUUUACUGGCGUGAUAACCCACGCGGGAUGUUGGAAGAGCACGAGAAAAUUCACUCGCCUUCGGCUCGUGAUUUACAAGCUUUUCGAACCAAUCAGAACGCGCGUACUGUCUCAGUUAUUUGAUAAUGUACGAUAAAACAUUACGCUUGACUUGCAGGUUUCCUUACAAUCGUAAUGAUGAUUUUACCUAGUCGUAGCUUAAUGACAUAAAAUUUUCAAACUCACAAUGAGUCGGUAUUUUUUUUUUUCAGGCGAUAUGUAUGAUAUCUGGAAAUCUGUUAUAAUCCUUGGUGGUCUAUUUUGCGCGGUUAUCUCAUUGGAAGAACCGUGAGUAAAAUAUACCCAAGAAUAGUUUAAAAAUUAUUUUAUUCAACGUGAUGAUAAAUGAAGGACUAGGUAAAUAUCUUCAAACGACAUGAGUAACGUUUCCCAGGUUUCCUCACUUUUAUGCUCUCGCCUCCUUGCGUCUGAGGACAAAGGACGAUGGAAAAAAAAAGAGAAAAGAAAAUACUGUGAAUUGCAAAUUACCACAGCUUACUUUGAAGUGUUACCUUUGAAAUAGAACAAACACCAGGUAGAGCUGUGAAGUCAAAAUAAUUUUAACUGUUGAAGUGUAAAACCUUCUGCCACUUAACUGCAAAAAUCUGGGAAAUCCUGUUUUAUAAUAAUUUCUUUAGUCGAUGGUCUGGGAGAUUAAUAUACAUUUGUGGUCAUUUUGUAACCUAUUACUCACUGUUAUGCAGAUUCUACAGAUAAAUACGCAACACGUAGAAUAAUGUGCAUUUGUCCCCAGUUAACCAUGAUCGUAUUUCUUUUUGCAGCAAUGAAUACGAGCAUUCCGAUGUAGUACAGAAACUGUUCUCUAGUUAUGAUCGAAACUUGAGGCCUAAGUUCAAUGGUAAGUAGUACAGUCAAGGCAGGUCAAGCGUAUCCCCCAAGAUUCUAUUAAUGAAUUGAUUAUUUAAAAAAGGAAUCCGUUAAUCGUUCCCGUAACUAGUGUCAAAUUCAAAUUGGCAUUCCUGCUUGCGUAAUGAGAACUGAAUUUUUCAACCACAACGUCUCUGUAUUUGGUCAGAUUGAAAAUCUUUGAGUCUAAAAAAUUGCUUCGAAGACUUUUACAUCAAAUGCAGGGAAAAUGAGGUAGUAGAAAUUUCAUAACUGUCUCGCGUGUAAAUUCACGGCUCAUUACGCAUCCAAGAAUACAGAGAUGAAUCUGAAUUCUACAACUACCGACGGUUCAACUUUCGAAUAAUAAAUUCAUUAAUGGCCUCUUGGGGGGUAACGCUUGACCUGGCUUGACUGUGAAAUAUAUUUUUUAUAUUUUGAAUAUCGGACUGAAAUAAGUUUCUUGUACAUGAAUUUUGGACGUUGAUCCAGAAUUCUUGAACUGCUCGUGCAUUUGUACUCAUUGACAGAAAGCUCUCAUUAGAUCUGCUUCAAUCUCAGAAUGUUGAUUUAAAAGUUUCUUUAGGUUUACUUAGCAUUCUUGACUAGAACUUGCUACUUAGUCCAGAAAAGUUCCAAGUUUCGAUUCAUUGAUUAGUAUGAUAUAUAUCUUUUCUGAUAUAAUGUUGUAAUUUAUAGACUAGAUAAUUAUUCAUUCGUGUAAUUUUUAAUGUUAAGGCGCAUUUGAAAACUGUAUACUUGAAUUUGUGCGGUAUAAAUAAAUGUUAUUAUUAUUAUUAUUUUUUAAAUAAUAAUAAUAAUUAUUAUUAUUAUCAGUAUGAAAGAAACAAACUCUGACAGGGAUGGUGAUAGUCCAAACAGUUCUCUCAGUCGAUCGCGACACUUGAUAAUCAAACGGUUCGUAUAAAUCAACCCGAGUCCCAAGUUGACUUAGCUCUUACAUGGUCUUUACGCUGCUUUGUUUGUGUGCAUCAAUUACAGGUGGCUCUUUAAAUGUAAUGGUGGACCUGUAUGUGGAAUCCUUUGGAAACAUAAAGGAGGCCGACAUGGUAGGUGCAUCCUUUUUACCAACUUUCUUAUAUUACAUUAUUUAUUCAUUAAAAACGCUUUUUAUCUUCACAUACUACUUUCAAUUGAUAUAAUUAUAUGAAAGAAGAUCAUCGCAGUUGUAGACGCAACUUUUGCAGUUGCGAAAAGAAAGCCUGAAAAAUUUGCGGGCUUUCUUUUCGCAGUUGCAAAAGUUAUUCUUUCAUAUAAUUCUUCACUCCGCAGUUCUCGUAUAUGAUUUUCAUAACGUCAUCAUCAUCCUUUCAUGGGUUUAAGUGCUAGUAGGAUACUGUUUGUUCAUCUCAAACACUGCGGACGGACCGUUGUUCCUACGUGGUGUACCAAGCCACAAGAAGGUCUAGCCGUUUGCGGUACUUUCAUUUCCCAAUGCAGUAAAGAUCAGCGCUACAUUGACUGCCCUAACCCCGCAAAAGUUUAAUCCACUGUCUGAGCUAAUACAGCCGCCGCUACGUACUCUAGAGCCAUUUUAAUUUGGUUUUGGCAACCAAUCUGCCAGAUAUAGCCGUCUUCAUGUACAUGCCCUUGUUUCAAAUAUGACAUUGCACUCUAACAAUCAAGUUACUUGUAUUAGCUCAAUUACUUAUUAUUUUUUGACUGCAGGAAUACACAGUCUUUGGCUAUUUUCGUCAAAGUUGGGUGGACAAGCGCUUGGCGGGAAAGUUAAACCAAACAUUAGUGUUGAGGAAUACCGCAAUUGUCCACGCCUGGAUACCUGACACAUACUGUGCUAACACCCGGCAGUCUAACCUCAAAACGAGUGCGUCUGAUAGCGAGUCCGCCAUGAGGGUUGAUAUUAACGGCAGCGUUUUCUUCACCCAACGGUUUGUAAAUUUUUGUCAUAAACAGGACAAAAUCAAAACUAAUAAAGGACGUUAAAUUGACCCACCUUCAAUUUUUGGUAAAGGCGAAUUAGAAAUAAAAUACAAUAAAAUCCGGUCGUACACCCUCCAAAAAACACUCUCCACAUAAAUGAAAGCUCUUCUUGAAACCAUCCUAGAAAAGCUCUCUCCUCGUAAGGGAAUCCAGAUUACGGAAUCCGGGAAAUUUUUGCUUCCGGAAUCCUGGGUUUUAGGAUCUGGAAUACAGCUCAAGGAGUCCGGAAUCCCUGUUACGAUUGGAAUCCAGAAUCCAAGUCCCACUGACAAAGACCUUGAAUCCGGAAUCCAUUGCGUAGAGUCCAGAAUCCAAGACUGCCUUGGGUUCCCUGCUUGUAUGGGGGUGAAGAUCAAUUGAACCAUUGGUACCAAUGGACCAUCGGAAUUGCCCUGUACCCAGCCAGGCCACACGAGAGAAUAAUCUAAGUCCCCUUAAUGAGACGUAUAUUAACCAAAAGAACCAAUGGAAUGACAUCAUUUUCUAUUGGUACCAAUCGUACCACCGUACCAAUGGACCAUCGGAAUUGCCCUGUCCUUAGCCAGGCCACUCGAGAGAAUAAUCUAAGUCCCCUUAAUGAGAUGCAUAUUAACCAACAGAACCAUUGGAAUGACAUCAUUUUCCAUUGGUACCAAUCGUACCAUUGGUACCAAUGGACCAUCGGAAUUGCCCUGUACCCAGCCAGGCCACACGAGAGAAUAAUCUAAGUCCCCUUAAUGAGAUGCAUAUUAACCAAUAGAACCAAUGGACACCCUUCUUAUCACCACUAACACCAAUGGAGUCUAUUUGUGAGUAUUGGACGGCCCUCCUAAGACAUGUUCUGCAUGAUUUCAAGAUUCCUGUAAGCCAAAAGACUGUUCCUGUAAGCAGCUACGAACAUUGUCGAAUUAAGCAAAUGUGCGAGUUGUUGAAGGAACAUCUGAAUGAAUUCAUUGACAAAAGAUGAGUAGAUGUAUGAAAGACAUAUACUUAAGAUAACAGCGCCAUCUUGUGUGUUUAGUUCAUAUCUUUUCUUUUUCUUUAUUUUGCUUCAGAAUUCACAUUAUUGCGUCCUGUGAGAUGAAUCUGCAGGAUUUUCCAUUGGAUCACCAGGAGUGUGUUCUUAAAUUUAUAAGCUGUAAGUGAACGAGCUGUUAUAUAUUGUUAGCAGGCAAAUUUGGACGAAUGAACGAAGGAGUGGAUGAACAGCAGUGCCGUAGCCAGACCAAACGGCCAACUGAGGCAGGCGGGAGUUGCUAGGGGCGUUCGGGGGCAUGCCCCCCCGAGAAAUUUUGAACUUUAGUCUCUCGGAAAUGCGCUUUGCAGCGUUUUCUGAGUUUUCAGUAUUAAUACGGCGAAAAUUUUGUUUAUAUAUAUAUAUAUAUAUUUUUUAACUGUUAUAUUUUGGCUACGAAAUCUUUUCUGAGAGGCUCCGAUGAUCGCUAAUGUAAAAUAAAAAUGAUCGGCGAAAUUCGUCAAAAUUUUACCGAGGCGAGUGCCUCGGUUGGCCUCAUACUAGCUACGGCGCUGAACAGAUGACCUUCUGAGCGAGUGAUGACUAAUGACGGACUGACUGACUGACUGACUGACUGACUCGGAAUGAAUGAAGAGAUGGAGGGACGGGUAGGUGAUUGAACGAUUGAAUGGAUGGAUGAAUUGACUGAUAGCUAACGAUAAUUUCAAACGGGUGGCCUGUUCAGCAUGUAGGCUUCUGGCCAUCCAAACUUUUUAUCAACGCCUUCAAACUAAUGCACGUGAACGUUCAAGCACGCCGUUGCGUUUAAUUGCAUAAUUUAGGCAUUGCAGAAACCUUUGUUAAAUAGUAUUAACUUGUUGCCUUUAUGAUCGCAGAUGCGUACAACACUUCAGAUAUUGUCUACUGGUGGGCGAAGGACAAUGUGGAAAUUGAAAAGAAAACAGUCGCUCAGUUUCAGAACGAGGAGGUUCAUUUAAGCAAAACAGUAGAGCAGUACAUCACGGGUAAAUACUUAUUCAACCUUGAUCAACAUCUAGAUGCUAGAGUUACAUUGGCAAAGGAUGAUAACAGCCUAUUUCUUCUUCAUAAACGCAGUGCAAGAUUCAUAUGUAAAACUAAUGUUUUGCUCAUACUGCUAGUGAUUACCCGACCUGUUCAUCAGAUAAUGAUGAUAACGACAACGACGACGAUUACAAUGACGAUAAGGACAAUGAUAAUGAUAAUGAUGAUGAUGAUGAUGAUGAUGAUGAUGAUGAUGAUGAUGAUGAUGAUGAUGAUGAUGAUGAUGAUAAUCAUAAUGGUGAUGAUGAUAACAAUAACAAUAACGAUAACAUACCUAAAGCACCCACGGACACCAAAACCUUUGUUGUGGUUCUCUCCCUUGCUCCGAGAGGUUUUUCUCCGGUACUCCGGUUUUCCCCUCUCCUUAAAAACCAACACUUUCAAAUUCCAAUUUGAUCUGAACACACGGACACGUUUCAACGACUUCUUAUGAACUCCUUAGUGCUCCGUGGGUAAACAAAUUACAAUUUACAAUUUACAAUUUUUACAAUUUACAACCUUACAAUUCAGUGUUGGGGUUUGGAUGCACCCAUGACAUCAGAGUAUAAUUAUGUUUACUAAGUUAGCGCCUAGGUGGUUUGUAACCGGAUAUGUUUGUCAAAAUUAGCUUUAACAUCGUGCACAAGUAGAAAAAUUUGCUUUAAGCACUCAACUCGCAGUGCCUCUAAAAUGCUAUUGCUGUUUGUCACUUUCAGGAAACUUUUCGAUGCUGUCAGUCAGUUUUACCUUCCACCGCAGUAUAGGUUAUUACAUCAUGCAGGUUUACGCUCCAGAUGUUCUUGUGGUUGCCAUCAGUUGGACUCUAUUUUGGGUGGACAAGAAUGUAAGUCUUUUAGACUUGAGGUUUCUUUAUCAUUGCUCAAGAAGGUUACCCCUGCAGCGAUUCUGUUACAAAUAGUUAUGUUGGUAACCAGAAUCAUUGCGGCCAAAUUCAAAAUACACUAAGUCCCAAAUUGAAAACUCCAAAACUCCUUUUGUAAAGCACAACAGAGAUUAAAAGAAACAUGCGUCUUUAAACAACCACAAGAACGGCUACAGAAAUCACACGAACGGGAUAUUCCACAAUAAACAUCUUCAGACUGAUCUUUGCGUCCACGGGACGCAUGCCCUUAAUUAUUUUGCGUCUUUUGGGAUUCUUAUGCGUCAAGGACGCAGAACACAGAGGUAACAAAAUCACUGCCCUUGACCUCAAAGAGUAAAUCACACAGUCAUACGUAUGGCUAUACAUGUUUUUUAUCAUCCUUAUUUUGUAGGACAUGAAUACUCGCAUGGCCGUUGGCGUAACAACCAUUUUAACAAUCGUGUUUCUAUUGGGUUCGGCAAAUACAUCUCUUCCUCGUGUUAGUUAUGCCAAAGCCAUAGACUGGUAUCUAAUGGUUUCGUUCGCUUUCAUAUUUGCCGCUCUCGUGGAAUGCAUGUUUGUCUUUCAUUUUCGUAUUGACGGCGGAAAGAAGGAGAACAAGAAAAACAUCUUUACACUGAGGAGCAAGGUAUGGACAGCUGAAUAGUUCUAUUUUGUUGAUGCCAAUGCUAGCUAAGUUUAACACUGGUUUAACAACAUUAUCUGUCAUUCAUAUAAUUUUUAUAUGAAUGUUAAUAUCGUUGUUCCUCAUUGGCUUGCAGCAUCCGGCUAAUUCUGCAUAGCCAUCUGGUACUGACUUAAUUUAGUUGGAAAAACUGAUGUUAUUUUAUGAUGAGCGUUAUUCGCAAACAUGCAGAGUAAAUACUUCAAACUUUCAGUUGCAUUUACCAGACGCAUUUAAGGUUAUAAUUAAAGGGGCUGUGUCACGGCAGUCCAGUUCAUUUUGUUUAAUUUUUCCAAUUACUCGCCCUCAAUCGCUAUGGAACUUAAAGUAAGCAAAGAAAUUACAUGUAAAUGACAAAAUCAGAGAUCCGAGACAAACAAAAAAUGUCCCCUGAGCACAACUUUUGAAUUUGCAAGCAGCAGGAAUCAACUUUGAAAAACUGUUAGGCUGAACAGUUUUCAAAAAUCAUAAUGUCAAUCCGCUUCAGUCUUCUUCGGUUUUGCCCAUCCGUGGCAUCUGUUGUUUCUGUCAACCUUUCUUUGAUGUUUAAGCAGUUAUUUUUGUGUUUCUCUUAAUUUAACGGGCAUUUUGUAAUUACCUAAUUUGGCUGAAUUUCGUGACACAGCUCCUUUAAAACGUCGAUAAAAUUGAACAAGUAAGCGGACAAUUAACAAUUAUUGGACGAGGUUGAGCAAAAUAUCUUAAUUCGUCAGUGCCGAGCAGAUCCAUUAUUUGCCAAAGCCGAGGGCUGAGGCAAAUAAUUGAUGUGCGAGACACUGGCAAAUCACGACAUUUUUCGAUAACCAAGUUCAAUAAUUGUUUUAUCAUUCGAUCACCAAGUUUGUUUUUUAACGAAUAUCUUCGGGAAGCGAAGCGAUCUGCCUUUUUUCACGCAAGAACGAUCACGCGUGGUUUCGUUUACGCAUGAGCAGAAUAUUAUUUGCAGCCAAACACAGUUGGACAACAUUGCGCAUCAGCAGACCAUUAUUUGUAGGCAGUUAUUUGCAGGUCACGUGGUGGGCCUUCGGCCAAUGAAAAGGAAGAAAAGUUUACAUCGAAUGAUAAUUUUGUUUCUUUCACCUCCUACUAUUAGGGUAAAACGAACUUGCACUAUUUUUGUUUUUGUUGGCGGUUUUAUUUGUUUGUUUGUUUUUAAAUGUUAUUUUCUUCAUUCCCUGCAGAAAAAGAGACGUUUCUCUGGCCGACUGAUCGCUUUAAUGAAAACCGGCCUGAGGCGAGGAUCCUACAGAAUAGAUGAAGAAGAAAUCAUUGAAGCUCCUCCAAAUUUCAAACGCCAGAAAUCCAGCAUUUGUGAUUACAAUUGCAACCAUAUUAAACACGGGCAAGGAAAAAUAUGCAAGCAAGCUGAAGAGAUUAGCCUAAGUGACAGAAUCGAUAUUACAUCCCGUUACCUGUUUCCUAUUGCUUUUCUCUUGUUUAAUAUCUUUUACUGGUUUGCAUACGUCUAUGACAUUCGGGUGCUUCCUGAAAGUGCACGCGAUAUGUAG